UUCAUCAAUUCUCCACAACCAAAACAACAGCGCCAGCCAACAAGAAGGAAGACAAGAGCAACAAGACAAACAAGCAAAGCAAGCAAGAGAGCGAAGACAAGCAAGCAGGUCGAUGAUGAUGAAGCUGAUGAAAGGAGCGCCAGUGGCGGCGACGACGCUGGCCGCCGUUGUCGUUGGUGUUGUGCUGGCGUGCGGCGCAGCGCCAACAACAGCAGCGAUCAGAGCUUUCGCUGCACCCGAUGGUAUUAUGUACGGCAUCAACUCCACACUUGGGUUUGUCACGAUUGACCCAGCAACCGGCAAGACCACUCCCGUCUCUGCUCCCCUGCCUGACGAAGCGCAGGCCCAGAACCUCGCCUCCAUGGACACGCUCAGGGGCAUCUAUUACAUGCUUGGCUUCAACCUCACAAACCAGGAGAUUGAUCUGAUUGGAAUCGAUGUGGUGAAGGGCACCAUCGCCAACAAGGUGAAGCUGCCGUUUGUGAGCUCCGCGCUGAUUGGCGUGGGCGAGGCCGUGGACGUCGACGAGAGCAACGGCGAGGUCUUCUGCCUCGGGCUCCAGGCCGACAACAAGCAUCACCUCUUCCGCGUCAACCCACGCACCGGCGCCACAAAGCACCUCGCCGACUGCGGCUACAUCAACGUGCUCGGUGGCGCGCACGCCUUUGACCAGACCAACAACCUCGUCUGGCUGCAGUUUGCCGCCAACAGCUCGGGCGAGAUCUCGCUCGACCUGCUGGGCUUUGACGCCAUCACGGGCACGCUCAAGAAGACAAUCAAGGAGCCAGACACCAACGGCAUCUACACCCUCUCCUACGACAUCCAGCGCGAGCAGAUGAUUGGCUUUGGCUACGACGCCAGCAAGGGCGCCCGCACCCUCCUGCGCCUCAACACCAACACGGGCAGCGUGUCCCGCAUCGGCGUCGUGCCCGGCUACUCCGUCAUCAACGGCAACAUUGUCACCGUCGACUCGCGCAGCGGCGUCAUCUAUGCGCAGUUCCAGUCGUCCAACAACCAGACCGCCCCCUUUGACAUUGUUGGCGUGGACGUGUCGACGGCCAAGGUCGUCUCUCACGCGCCCUUGUGCGUGGACCCGGCUGACUGCCCAUGGUCCAUGGAGUUCAGGCCCACGCAGCACUAAGCACGGCCCGUGCUGCUGCUCCACGCCUCCUGCCGCCGCCCCGCACGUGUGUGCUCGCCCCGCGGCUCUUUUUUGUUUGCCUUUUGAUGUCAUCACAUCACCCGCUGUUUUUGUUGUGCCGUGUCGUCUUCACCAACACGUUACACCCACAUCAUGUCCCGCCACUCUUCUGGCGCUGCUCUGUUCGCUUUCGCUUGCUCGGUGUGUGUGUGUGUGUGUGUGUGUGUGUGUGUGUGU